AUGAGAGCGACUGAGCUGGCGAUAGUAUUAGGAUGGGAGUACAACGACUGGCAAGGAAUAUGCAUAAGAAAGCUAAUGAUAAAUACCGAAAAGAAAAAUCUAGCGGACGGUAAACUUACUUGGGGAUCCAUGUCUAUCGAGGAGUUUAAAGCCAUAGAAUGCUACGAUAAGGUGGCUGAAGACACAGAAAACGGUAUUUGGUUAGCUCAUCAACAGAGACCUAUGAGAUCGCUAAUAAUUAUUCUCAUCCUACUGAUCGCUCAAAUUGUGAUAUGUCGCAGAGCAAAAAGAUGCAGAAAAAACGAGGUUUAUGACGAAUGCUUCAAUAUACGAUGUGAAGCCAAAUGUAAAGAUCGUAACCCCAUUUGUACUCUGGAAUGCGGGCCAGGUGGAUGUAAAUGCAGAGCAGGCUAUUUUCGAAACGAAAAAACAAACAGAUGCGUGCGAAAGUGUUGA